GGGAAACGGUUGGGAACGCGAUUAGUUGGGAUUUAGGCACAGCCCAGUCUGGAAGCAGAAGCGCGGAAGUGUGCCAACGUAUUAGCGACGACCUUUGCCAUUCCGACCUUCGAGGAGCGAAACAAGGCCCGGUGCCUUCGGCAGAGACAGUGGACUGUGGCGGGCUUAUUUCAGUUUGAGCCGCCACGGAACUAGCAAUUCGAGGAAUAUGCUUUCGAGAGUAUUGACCAUCUUGUGGGUGGCUGGCCUCGCCCGCGGCCAGGACAGCCUUUCCACCACGUCCAAGAUGGCCAGGGUGGAGAACGACUUGCUGCAUUUCUCCUACAAGCUGGAGCAGUACCUGGACACCAGCAAGCAGCCCUGCCAGGACUUCUACAGCUACGUCUGCUCGCGGAGUGCCAACCUCAGCCAGACGGGUCGGCAGCGGGUCCAGAGCUUCCUCAAGCAGGCGGACAACGAGCAGCUGAUGGACAUGGAGGUGCAGCUCGUGAACUUCUUCAGGUCCUGCGAAAUUGGGCGCGGCAUAGAGGCGCUCAAGGGCUCGCAGCUAUUCAGGCUCAGCGGGGGCUGGCCCGCCCUGGAGCCACUCAAGGCCAACGCCAGUCAGCGGACCAACCAAACCCAGAGCUGGCUGGCGCUGCUCGGGCACUUCCACGAGAUGGGGGCGCCCUACUUCUUCGAGACGGUGGUCACCAUGCAGUCGAACAAGCGCCUGGUUGUGCUCCAGCCCGACACCACGCGGCGCAACACUCUGAGGAAGUUCGAGCAGCGCGUGAGCGAGGUCCUCCAGAGCUUUGGGAUCGAACAGAGCCGCGCCCACGUGGCCGCCCUCGAGGUGCUCAGCCUGGAGCGCAGUCGGCGGGAGAUAGUCAAGGCGGAACACAUCGAGGACCAGGUCCAGUUCAGCUACGGCAACUUCAAGCGCAGCGCCUUCGGGAACGCCUCGCUGCCCAGACUGGACUGGGAUGGCUACUUCAGGAAGUUCCUGGGCGGCAAAACGCCUCAGCCCGGCGACACGGUCGUGGUCAAACAACUGCCCAGACUGGUCGACUACUUGGUGCUGCUCCAGAACACCAGCAUGGUGCGACUGCUCAACUGGAUCUGGACGGACUACUUGAUGGAUAUCGCCGAUACCGACUGUCACCAGCUGGCGGAAACCUAUGCCGGCGAUCUCUACGCUCACGUUGUGCAGCGAGUCACAGCGGAUCGGGUGGAACUGGCCCAGAUGUACUCAGCGCUGGGGAAGGCCUACGCGGAUCAGCUGGCCGGCAGUGUCUGGGUCGACGAGAUCUCCCGGCAGAACUCGCAGCACUUCCUGGGCAGCGUCAUCCACCUAACCCUGGACGGAGACGAGCAACUGGCCUCCGCCUACCGCUCGACCUUGCUGGGCCGCCGGAACCUGUACCGCAACCUGGAGAAGCUGCGUCAGUUCCAGCGCCGGCGGCAACCGGCCUCACAGUCCUCGCAGCAGGUGCGCCAGUUCGCCCAGGAGUUCGCCACGGUCAGUGGCCUGCUCGACCAGCGCAACCUGAGUACGCCACUGAACUACCUGCUGCUCGGGGAGUUCUUCUCGCGGAGUCUGGUGACCGCGGGGAGCAGCUCCCGCACUCCGGGCGCCUGGCGGAGUCUGGACUCGGAGCGGCGCUUCGGCGUCUUCCAGGAGUGCACCGCCGGCCAGGCGGACACCAACGACCUCCUCCUGCAGCUGCUGGCCCAAGGGCAGGCGCUGAGUGGCUUCAAGCAGGCGCUGCCUCCCCGGUCGCCGCUGCACGAGAGGAUCGAGAGGCUCCUGGCCGCCGGCAGGACGAAGAUGUCGCUGCAGAAGCUCUUCUUCGUGGGCAGCCUGCUCGCCGACUGCCGCUCCGAGCUGGGAGCUCUGCAGCAGGACCGGAAACGGCAGGUGACCCACGCCGCGCUGCGCAACUCGCGGGAGUUCGCCGAGGCAUUCCAGUGCCGUCCCGGUGAUGCCCUCUUCGCCCCCCGCAGUGGUGCAAUCCCCUCUAGCAUCGGACCGCCGGACCUUGAACUUUCUGCUGCCGCCAGCGCUGGUGUUAAAAAUCGAUAGGCCAGGCCUGCAACCACUCGAGGUCUCCCCCUUAAGCCCCCAUCGAUUGAUUUUUCCCGUCCCAGUUGCACCAGCACCUAGUGCCAGCAUAUGCUCGCGGAUGGGCUGUGUUACGUAUGGCCGAUUGAGGUGAAAAGGAAUAAACGAAAGCGAAUCGCUGUUCGCUGGCAAAGACUUA